CAACUGCAGCUGAAUCUCUUAAUUCCAAUGGCCUUGUUGUUCAUCUUUGGCCUGAAUGCUGUUGUAGGUGCAGCCUUGGCUGGAUCCCAUCUGGUUCCCGAGACAUGUCUGCAGGGUCCAGAGUUCUGGUGCAAGGAUGUGACCACAGCUGUUGAAUGCAGGAGGGAGCAAUACUGUUGGGACCUCCAGAGUAGCGCUUUGUUGUGGGAAACACUCUCAGCUCCCGUUCCAGGGAAGAAAUGCUCUGUGUGCAUUAAGAUCAUGCAGAAGCUCCAGGACCUGGCUGGAGAGGAUCCGGAUGAAGAAGCAAUUAAUAAUGCAAUUCAAAAGACAUGUCAGGCUCUGGGCAAGCCCCUGAGUUGGGUUUGCAAAACCAUGCUGAAAAAGUUCAAAAAUAAGAUCAUACAGGCAAUGGAGAAUAAUGAGGAUCCUAAAGAAAUAUGUGUUGACCUCAAAAUGUGCCGAAGUGACUCAAGGGUACUCUCAGGUUCCACUUCUUACAAUGCUGCAUAGUGAUCCCGGAGAGCAGGACAGAGGAUUUCAGAUGCUUGAAGACCAUUCUGCUGUAAGGCUUUGACCAGUUGCUUGCCUGUG